AUGUGGCCAUAUCUGGUGCUGGUCGCUAUUCUGCUUGUGGCAAUCAGGCGAAUCGUGCAGCGGACGAGGAGAUGGAAGGCUAAUCGCUACUAUGCCACGAAGCAUGGCACCAAAGAUCCCAUCGUACUCGCCGAUGUCCUUCGUCCAGAGGGCGGAAACUAUGACAAGGAGACCAUGCGUGCCUUCCAAGAGCACCGAGGUCUAGAGCUCAUACAGAAGAGACAUAUCGCCGGGGGCUACACCUUUCAGACGCACACCAUUGGUGGUAGAAUCAUCAAUACGUCUGAGCCCGAGAACAUCAAGACCCUUCAAGCUAGUCGAUUUGAGGACUACUCCCUUGGCUUCAGACAGGUCGCCCUGGGACCGUUGAUGGGAAAAGGCGUCUUCACGACUGAUGGCAAGGACUGGGAGCAUUCUCGGGCGUUGGUUCGACCGAACAUGGGCAAGGCACUGUAUACCGAUUUUUCAACUCUAGAAGGACAUAUCCAAGAAAUGUUGCGACAUUUUCCGAAGGACGGAAGUACGAUCGACAUCCAGGACAUGUUCUUCAAGCUAGCCUUCGAUGCCUCAUCUGAGUUUCUCUUCGGAGAAUCAGUCCGCGCCUUUGAAGCCGCCGAAGACUCCGACGAGGCCAGAUUCGGUGCUGCAUUCGACUACGCCAGUGCGGAAACCGUUCGUCGUCUUCACUAUGGUCCAUACCUGUUCUUGUACUUCAACAGAGACUUCACGAAGGCAUGCAAAACAGUCCACAAGUUUGUUGAUAAGGUGAUUGCAAAGGCAGUUGCUCGUCGUGCGCAAGGAAAGCCCAAUCAAUACAUCUUCCUGGACAGCUUGAUGGAAUCUGUAUCUGAUCCUCAGCGGCUGCGUUCGGAGACCCUGAAUGUCAUGCAAGCCGGUCGCGAUACAACUGCUAGUCUGCUUGGGCAUGUAUUCUAUCUGCUUGCUCGACACCCAGAUGUUUGGACAAAGUUGGAGGCUGAGAUCGGGGAGCUUAAUGGAAAGCCGCCAAGCUAUGAAGAGUUGAAGAAGCUGACCUAUUUGCGCUAUGUCAUGAACGAGACUCUCCGAGUUCAUCCCGUCGCUCCCAUCAACAGUCGUGUUGCAGUGCGCGACACGAUGCUUCCUACAGGAGGUGGUCCCGAUCAUAAAUCUCCGAUAUUCAUUCCCAAGGGCCAGAAAAUCUCAUUCCCCACUUACGUCCUCCAUCGCCGAUCCGACAUCUACGGACCCGACGCCCACGAAUUUCGACCCGAACGAUGGGGCGAACCUACCUUCCGUCCUGGCUGGGCAUACAUCCCAUUCAAUGGCGGACCGCGUAUCUGCCUGGGACAGCAGUAUGCAUUGACGGAAGCGGGAUACACAAUUGUACGUCUGGUACAAACGUUCAAGGCGGUUGAGCAGCGCGAUUUCACCAGAUACAAGGAGUCGGUUCGCGUUUCUGCCAGCAUAUUUGGGGGAGUGCAGGUCGGACUGAUUCCACGCGAGUAA